UUACCGUAAAAGCUGAUAACUCCCGAUUGAUAGAAAUCGUAAAACCACCCUUUCGGACAGUCGCAAAUUGUAGCAAUGGAUCCUUUAACGGUUGCGAUUUGUACGUUGGCGUGCUUCAUACUCUACAACGUAAUCAAAGUUGCUGUGAAACUUUUGAAAAUGGGUCCAUUCUCAGAUUACGCGUCCAAGUCUGACGGGCCGCAAAGUAUGCCGAUCAUAGGCCUCGCUUAUCUCUUCAUUGGGGGCGCUGAAGCUACUAUGAAGAACAUCAUUGAAAUGGGAAAAACGUAUCCUCCAUCCUUUCAAACGUCAUUGGGAAAAUUUUCAAUUUUCGCCACGGGUAUACCUGGACAAUUAAAGGCUGUACUUCUCAGCUCAAAAACUAUUGAGAAAAACGAGUUUUACGACUUUGGGCGGCCUUGGUUGGGAAAUGGAAUAUUCACAGCUCCUGCGUCUAUAUGGGAAGUGCACCGGAAACUGAUCCAGCCAUCUUUCAAUUCCAUAGUCCUCAAGUCUUUCAUUGAAAUAUUUUCCGCCCAGUCCUUCAUACUGGUUAAAAAAAUGGAACGUCACUUGGAUGGACCAGAAUUUGAAAUACACGAAUAUCUUUCCCUGUGUACGUUGGACGUCAUUUGCGGAACGGCUAUGGGUAUAAAUUUAGAAGCACAAACGAAAGAGAAUUGUCACUACGGAAAAGCAGCACACGCGGUCAUCGCUGGUGUAACAAAACGAGUUCUCAGUCCCUGGCUGUACCCGGAUUUCAUUUUCAAUCGCACGCGACUUGGCAAAGACCAGGAGAAGAAUAUCAAAUUUCUACAUGGGUUUGUUGACAACGUGAUACGGGAGAAAAAAGAACGAAUAAGCCAGCGUACUAGCCAAAGAGAAUUGGCCAAAAAUGGACAAAAUGCAGCAGACAGUUCGUCGACUGAUCCUGAGGUACUGAUAGACAAUCUCAUAAAACUAUCCACACACAAUCAGAUUCUGACGGAUGAAACGGUCCGGGAACAGGUUGAUACAAUAAUGGUGGCUGGCAGUGACACAACGUCAAUAGUAGGAUCCUUCGUGAUACUGAUGCUUGCUUCUCAACCAGGUGUGCAGGAAAAAGCGUACCAAGAAUUGUGUGACAUUUUUGGAGGUGACGCAGCAUACGAUGAUAGUGGAGAACCACCCGUCACGUCAGAAGUUUUGAGAAGAAUGACGUACAUGGAAAGAGUGAUCAAAGAAACUAUGCGCUUGUUCCCAAUAGGACCCUUACUUUUCCGAAAGGCGACGGACGACUUGGAUUUAGGUAAUUGUACCGUACCAAAAGGAAGUACAGUGGCUCUCAAUAUUAUAGGAGUUCACAGGAACGAGAAAUACUGGCCAGAUCCUUACAAAUUUGAUCCGGACAGAUUUUUACCUGAAAGAUUUGCAGAACAGGAACCAUUUUCAUACUUACCAUUCAGUGGCGGUCCAAGAAAUUGUAUCGGAUCAAAGUACGCUAUGAUGUUUAUAAAGACAUUCACAGCGAUGAUUCUUCGAAGAUACGUUUUAGCAGUGGAUAAAGUGAUACCGGUAGAAGAUGUACGAUUAAAAAUGGAAUUUAUGAUGACACCUGCGGUCCCGAUAGCAAUUAGGAUAAAGAAACGUACACAAGAGCAUAAAUUUUCGUAAGUCAACGUUUGUCAUUUUUUUUAUACAUUUGAGGAGUCAAGUAUGCGUACUUUCUCAUUUUGCUAGAGAUACAAAAUAAUAUCAUUACAUACGUAAGUGUGGAAAACAAUUAUUCCAGGUUGUGGGAAUUUUUUUUUUUUUUACUUUUAGU